UCAGUCGUGUUUCGUUCGCUGCGGCGCUCGCAUGUGACUCCGCGCGUCAUCGACCUCCGAAACUUUCACGCGACAGAUACGAUCGUAUUUCCGAGUUAUGUGCCCGAGCACACGUUCGAUUAAUCUUAAAACCGGUCGGUCGUGACGGCGCCAAUGUCUCCCAGCCUCGAGGGGAUCAUGUUCAACAGGAACGCGAACCUGUCGGCGCGUCGACCUCUACUGGCGGAGCCGCAGAAGCCUCUAAUAGUGCCUCCGAGAGUACCGCCCCGAGAUUUUGGCCCCAAGCGCCCGCUCCCGGCGCCCGGGGAGAGCCCGAAUCGACCCGCGUUUCGAGCGGAAUGGAAGCCGUCGAACGUCGACAUCGAGAGGAGGCUCCAGGAGACGAGGGCCCGGGAGAAGAUCGGCUACUUUCAGGACAAAGUGGUGCCGCCGGAGUUGAAUCUGGACCGAAGGGAGGCGGAGCUGGUGUUCAGGUUCGACACCCACGCGUCGGUGGACUACCUGUCGAGUCAGUACCAGACCCCGUCGGUGCAGUACGCGCGGCCCGCGACGCCGGCGAACGGGCCCGGGGGCCGGCCGCCGGAGAGGGACGGGCCCUUCGUGUUCGGCGUGCACAGCCCCAGCCAGUUCCCGCUGGCGCGCCGCGACUCCGACUACGACUACUCCGAGGUCGCGGACGAGGGCGGCCGGCCCGCGCGCGCCGCCCGACCCGCGCUGCGGGACGACGACUCCGACGACCUCAACUGCUGUGAUAAAGUGAACGAGUGGACGGUGCGAGACAAAAAGAGCAGGAGGACUCUCAAUCGAAUGUUCCAAAUAAAAGAUAGAAGAAAAGUGAAAGGUGGGAAAAAGGAGAAAAUCAAGUGUGUGUUAGUCGGUGACGGGGCGGUGGGGAAAAGUUCCCUAAUCGCCGCUUACGCGCAGGAUACAUUUCGGGAGGAAUAUCAACCCACGGCAUACGACACAUUUAACGUCGUGGUGGUUGUUGACGACCGUCCCGUGUGCGUGGAAAUCUGUGAUACUGCCGGCCAGGACUCAAUGUCCGAGCUGCGCGCGCUCUGCUACCCUGGUACCGAUGUGCUGAUGCUGUGCUUCUCCGUGGUGCGGCCGGAGACCUUCCGCUCCGUGGCCGAGCGGUGGACGAAGGCCGUCGCGGGGGUCAACGCGCCUGUAGUGUUAGUGGGUACGCAGGCUGACCUGGCACUCGAUGGGCGCGUCAUACAGAGUUUGAGAUCUCGAGGCGAGCACGCAGUCACCGAGGCAGAGGCAAAGGCUCUGGCGUCUAAAAUAAACGCAGUCUACGUGGAAACAUCGGCGAAGACACGGAAACAGCUGAAAGACGCCUUCGACGCCGCCAUCUUGGCUGGGUUGCCAGUCAUUCAAGCCAAAAGACCACUAUGGAAAAAGUUGUUAUGUAUAAAUUGAUAUAGAUAAAUACAUAAAUAGGCUUAUUUAACGAACGUCGAGCAAACAAUGGAAAAUUAUUUCUAUGUACACGAAUACCUACGAGAUAGGAGAAAAUGAAGGUCGUUGGUUUAAACGAAAAAUAUUAAGUAC